AUAUCAAACUUGGAAAAUCCAAAAUUUAAAAAAAAAAAAAAAAAAAAAAAAAAAAUCGACUCUAGAUCGGGGAAGACACGAGUCUACAGAAAGGGGGAAGCUUUCUUCGAAACCUGGCGGUUGAGGUCACGAAAGAGCCCAAGAUUCUCAUGAGCUCGCCGGCAUCUCGUCUCCAUGGGUGACGAACUCGUCAACAUCGAGACCAAGACUCAUCGAGAUUGGUUCGACGGAGGAGGAGAUAUUGACGAGAACAGGUGAAAGUUCGAAGCUUUCUUCAACGAAGAUGAAAGCUUCGCUUUCGAUGUACCCACCAACGAGACCAAGACUCUCAGCUCACCGUCGGGUCCUUCGGCUCACGGAGAUGGCUCGGAGCGGCGAUGGCGAUCUCGAUGAUUGAGUCUCUUUUCUCGAUGAAGCUUCUGAGAUUGCUCUUCUCGGACUGAUCAAGGUCAAGCGAUUGUAGCGAAGAACACGAGCAGAGAAAGCCUUGGAAGCUUCAUCGGGAUCUCGAUCUCGUGGCCACAGGAGAGGGACGAUGACAUAGAUCAACAACGCCGGAGCCGAUACUUUCUGGUACGAAACGUUGAAAGGACGAUCAGAACCGUUAUGAUGCGCUUGCGACGAAGGUCAAGUCUUCGCUCGAUCCGUUAGCUCCUUGCAAGUUCUCCCAUCCGGUUUGGAUCAAGACUUCGAUGCUCUCAUCUCCUAUGCGUCUUCUUCUCGUCAAAGCUCGAGGCUUGAACUCACAAGAACCAUCUCGUCACAAGCUUGAUACGCAAAAGCUCGCCACCAUCUCAGACAAGAGCGAACCUUUGAGGGUUCUGCAAAGAAACGUGUACAGUUUCAAUUACAAGAAGAGAAGGCACCAGUGCAGAGGAAGAGAAAGCAAGCCUUUGCAUAGCCACUAAAGCUGAGACCUUUGAGUUACUGAUGAUGUCAGUGAUGAACGUGAUGACUACGUUGAGAUCUCCCCAGCGUCCUAAUGGCCGAAGCAGUGCGGCCUCUAACUGAUGCAGCCAAGCGGUUCCUUGCCUCGUGCUUUGAGGAUAUUACCAAGUUUCGGGAGGAGGUUAUAGCCCCACCGCUGGCUGGAAUCAAAACGAUAGCAUCAAGCGAUGAUCUCCAGAUGAGUUUCAUUUGCCUCCAGGCUCGUGGUCGGUGAGGACACCUUCGUAGACUCUGUCAACUAGGCAGAGGUGGUACGAUAAGGAAAUCCCAUCACGCCUCUCGACCUUGCCAACGAAGAUCACGAACUCGUCAACUUCGAAGCUUUGUCCAUCUCCUCUCACUGAUCUUGGCAUGAUGAGUUUGAAGGUCAACAUCACCUUACCUUCUCCUCUAACGUUCGCCAAGCCUGUCGCUACCAAUAUGAACCUCUCGUCGAAAUGCAAAGAAGGCGCGACCUCUCUAUUGUUCUUACACAAAAAAAAAAUGGAGAGGAUGGGAUUGAGAUUCUCGUCAUCUUACCUCACGUGCAACCACUCCAUCUUCUCCACCGAAAAGAUAAGUUCUUGUCUUGAAUUAUCACAUAUUUUUAAUAACUUUUAAAUUAAUGCUACGGUAAACAUUGUGGUAUUAAUAUAAAUUAUUAAACAAUUUUGAGCAGUUCAUUCUCAUACAAUCUUUAUGAGAUGACUCAUGUCAUCACUUUAUUUUUGGUAACCUAUGAUACUAAUAAUUAACGAUUAUCAUGUCAUCAUGUGCAACUCACUACCGUUAAGUGAAAACAAGUUCAACCUAGCUUGCUUAUUAAUUAUGCAACAGUUGGUUAUUUCUUUUGGUUUAUAUUGAUCUAAUCAUGAUCAUGCUUUUCGUGAACCAGAACCAAAGAGAAAAACAUAGCCAACAAGCGCUCACCACCGUCAUAUCAUCAUGCUUCGAAAGACGGUUCUCAGCUUCGAACUUGUUGAAAGCAGUACAAGCAGCAUAAGCCGACACAUUUCUCAGCAUCAUCAUAGCCUGACGAGCAUACACACUAACUACUUUUUCGGCACACACGAUCUCAACACGAGACUUCGGGUCGGCAAUAGUUCGAUAACUUCUUGGGGUUUGAGGAGGUGGUCUUCUUAUUCCCUGGGGGAUGGCCGGAGUCUCGAGAGAUUGCCGGAUUUUAAAAAAGAUGUCAUUACAUAUACUAGCAAGUUGGGUUUAAAGAAGUCUAAUCUUGAUCAUUGACGCCUACCUGUCAUCAUCUGUGUGAAGAAGAAACAUACAUGCUGACGAUUCCAAUGAGGUCAGCGACGACCUCGAUAUCCACGUUCCUUUUUUGACUAUUAUCUCCAAAAUGACACCUACGGCCUCUCCUCUAAUCUCUACUUAAGGCUCUCUCACUCCAACCCAUAAGAGAGACGUUUCUCUUAUCCUCAUAAAAGAAACAAAACAAAAAUGGCAAAAGAAGCUGACCGGUUUAGUUCGGCUCAUGAAGGCGACCGUGAACCGCUUUUCGCGACCAGGAGGAGAACCGGAGGACUGAUUGCGUUUCGUUUUUUUGCGGCCUCGGUUUUCGGGUGCAUCUGUUGUAUUUGGCUCUACAGAGUGGUCGAACCGUUAGAGAAAGAUGAGAACCGAACCGGUUUCUUUCGGUUAAUUUGGUUGGUUAUGCUAAUUUUGGAGAUCUGGUUCGGUUUGUAUUGGCUUGUCGUGCAGUCUCUCCGUUGGAAUCCGGUUUGGCGAUCCACCUUCACCGAUAGACUCUCUCGGAGGUACGGUGACGAUCUCCCAAGGCUCGACGUUUUCGUUUGCACGGCGGAUCCGGUGAUAGAGCCGCCGUUGAUGGUGGUCAACACAGUGUUAUCCGUGAUGGCUCUCGAUUACCCACCGGAGAAACUAGCGGUGUAUCUCUCGGACGACGGUGGUUCUCAGCUCACGUUCUAUGCUCUCGCGGAGGCAGCUGAGUUUGCUAAAACUUGGGUUCCAUUCUGUAAGAAGUUCGACGUGGAGCCGAGAUCCCCUGGCGCUUACUUUUCUUCCAAGUCAAAUGUUCUCGACUCCGCUGCGGCGGCGGAGGUGGCUGAACUGUAUAGAGAGAUGGCGACAAGGAUUGAAACGGCGACGAAACUGCGGCGAGUACCGGAGGAGGCGUUGUUCAAGUACGGUGAGGGGUUUUCGCAGUGGGAUUCAGACGCCACUCAAAGAAACCACGCAACCAUUCUUCAAAUUUUGAUAGACGGAAGGAAAGACAACACAAUAGCUAUACCAACACUGGUGUACCUAUCGAGAGAGAAGAGACCUGAGCAUCAUCAUCACUACAAAGCUGGUUCCAUGAACGCAUUGCUGAGGGUGUCUUCGAAGAUCACGUGUGGGAGAAUCAUACUUAACUUGGACUGUGAUAUGUACGCAAACAACUCAAAGUCAGCACUCGAAGCGCUCUGCAUUCUACUUGACGAGAAAGAGGGAAAAGAGAUUGCUUUCGUGCAGUUCCCACAGUUUUAUGAUAACCUUACGAGGAAUGAUUUGUACGGAAGCAUGAUGCGAGUAAUAGCUGAUGUGGAGUUUAAUGGAUUGGACGGAAAUGGUGGACCGUUAUACAUUGGGACAGGCUGCUUUCACAGAAGAGAUGUUAUCUGUGGAAGAAAGUAUGGAGAGGAAGAACAAUCAGAUGAAAUCGUAGAGGCUGAGAAGACUAAGUCUCUUGCAAGCUGCAUAUACGAAAAAGGCUCUGAAUGGGGAAAGGAGAUGGGUGUGAAGUACGGUUGCCCGGUAGAGGAUGUAAUUACCGGUUUAGCCAUUCAAUGCCGCGGAUGGAAAUCAGCUUACCUGACCCCUAAAAAGGAAGCUUUUCUUGGGGUAGCGCCUACUAAUUUGCAUCAGAUGCUGGUGCAGCAGAAGAGAUGGUCAGAGGGAGACUUUCAGAUUCUGCUUUCAGAGUAUAGUCCGGUUUGGUAUGCCCAAGGAAAGAUCAGUUUUGGGUUGAUCCUUGGUUACUGUUGCUAUUGCCUCUGGGCUCCAAGCUCAGUACCUGUGCUUCUUUACUCUCUUUUGACUUCUCUCUGUCUCUUCAAAGGCAUUCCUCUGUUUCCAAAGGUCUGGAGCUCGUGGUUUAUCCCGUUUGGUUACGUGACUCUUGCAGUCAAUGCUUACAGCCUAGCCGAGUUCUUGUGGUGCGGAGGAACUUUACGUGGAUGGUGGAACGAGCAAAGGAUGUGGCUUUACAGAAGAACAAGCUCCUUCCUUUUCGGAUUCAUGGACACGAUUCUGAAGAAAUUUGGGGUUUCAGAGUCUGCGUUUGUGAUCACAGCGAAAGUAGCUGAAGAAGAGGCUGCAGAGAGGUACGAGAAAGAGGUAAUGGAGUUUGGAGUUGAGUCUCCGAUGUUUCUCCUCCUCGGAACACUCGGCAUGCUCAAUCUCUUCUGCUUUGCCGCAGCGGUUAUGAGACUGAUGAUGAAUUCUAGAGAGGCUGGAGGAGAUGUGCAGAAAAUGGGUAUGCAGUUUGUGAUUACAGGACUACUUGUGGUAAUAAACUGGCCUUUAUAUGAGGGCAUGUUGUUGAGGAAGGACAAAGGGAAGAUGCCACGGACCGUGACGGUCAAAGCAUUUGUCUUAGCUUUGUCUGCUUGCACUUGUAUCGCCUUGUCUUAAUAAAAGAUAGAACCAAUGUAUUUGAUACAAAUGUGCAUCAAGUAUGGAUUGCAACUACUAAAUAAAUGUUUGUAAGUUUGCAACUUAAAUUCUUCUGUUUUAAAGA